AUGGCUGAUCCUCGCCUGGAAAGGCAAUUGCGCUAUUAUUUCAGUGAUAAGAACCUCUGGAAGGAUGAGUGGUUGGUGAACCAGCUGGGUGCUGAGGCAACUGGCUAUAUUUCUGCAGAUAUCAUUGCUGGGUUCAAUCGAGUACAGCAAAUCACCAACGAUUUCGACUUGAUUGUAUCAAGUUUACAGAGAAUCGUGGAGCUUGAGGUCAGUGAUGUGGAGGGAAAGGUGCAGGUGCGACGACGCUAUCCACUGCCACCAAAACCACAAGUCGAGCUGGACACACCCUGCAAUGAAACUGCCGCUGACGAGCAGGAACUCCAGGUCGCUUCAACACCUGUGCCCGAUGAUCUGGGAAACCUUGCUUCCUUAGAUGAAUUCUUUCUGACUGGAUUUCGCAGAGUUCCCAAAACAGGUGUCAUUUUCGUGAUGGAUGAAGCCAGCAAAGCUGGAUACUCCGCUUCGACUGCACAAGAAUGGGCGAAUUUGGGGCAAGGGUCGCCGGAGACCACGAAGGCCAAGAACUGGCCUACGAAUGUAAGAAAGCGCUUGACAGAGCUGGUCGAGAAAGGGAAGCUGACAUCGGAACUCGGCCCGUUCCAACUUCAGGCUCUGGAAGUGAACGAGGAGAAUUUGCACUAUGGCAGCGUUAAUGGGGACUGGGCUUUGCGCCGUGCAGUGGCUCGACUCUACAACGAGAUCUAUCGCAAAGGCAAAAGCUCCCUGUAUUCUGCGGAGAACGUGGCUAUAGUUGGUGGGGGCCGUCUCGCCCUGACACGUUUGUGUUGUGCAAUGGACAACGUCAAUUUGGGUCAUUUCCUGCCGGACUACACAGCUUAUGCCGAACUCUUGAGCCAGUUCAAAACCAUCAACUCCAUUCCUAUUCCCCUGGAUCCGAAGAACAACUUCCGGAUCACAUUACAGGAGCUCCGACGCGAGAUUGUUGGUCGUGGCCUUUCCGUUCUUCUUUUGUCAAAUCCGUGCAAUCCAACUGGUCAGCUGGUGGAGGGCGAAGAGCUGAAGAAUUGGGUUCGGAUCGCCAGAGAGACUCAAUGCUCUAUUGUGUUAGAUGAGAUCUAUUCCCGUUACAUCUACACACAGCGAAUGUCGCCAACGGAUGCGACAUGGCGCACUGUUUCAGCAGCUCAGUUUGUGGAGGAUGUGGACAGAGAUCCUAUAAUCAUUCUCGAUGGCUUGACCAAGUGCUGGAGGAUGCCAGGUUUGCGUGUGUGUUGGAUUGUGGGCCCAAAGUCCUUGAUCGACUCUGUUGGAGCGGCUGGAUCCUUCCUGGACGGAGGCCCCUCGCUUCCUACACAGAGGUCCUGCGUCCCGUUGGUCAACCCGAAGGAUGUAAUUGAGCAAACCAUCAUGCUCCAGGUACUUUUCAGUCAUAAGCGAGACUUCCUGCUCCGAAGAUUGCAGGAUAUGGGUAUCGUCGUGGAGCAUCCGCCGCAGGGCACCUUUUACUGCUGGUGCGAUAUCUCCAAGCUUCCAGCUCCAUUGAAUAAUUGCUGGGGCUUCUUCCGUGAGCUGCUGCGAGAGAAGGUCAUUGUCACUCCCGGCGUCUUCUUCGAUGUGAACCCAGGGAGCCGGAGGAAGUUCAACAGCUAUGACUCCUUCAUCCGGCUGUCAUAUGGGCCAAGUUUCAAGGAGGUGCAACGUGGCCUGGACGGCAUGCAGCGUGUCAUCGAGCGCCAUCGAAUGAAGCGGAUCGAAGAAGACACAGCCAGCACACGCUCCUUCGGGUAG